CAAGACAGGACAUCUUGCGUCACUUCGCCCCGAAUACACCAAACCAUAAAACCAGCAGAGCACCGUUGUGUCCUACACACUCAGCGAAGCACUGCCUAGCAAACAUGGCAACCGUUCGAAAACUACUGUCAGUUCUUGUGUUCUAUGCCCUGUCGUACUGCCCCGCCUAUUCAUUGAGUGAAUUCUGCUACCGUCUUGCUCCACAACAAAUAACAGCUGUGGCUACUCCGUGCUACUACCCUUGUAUGCCGCUGUCAAGCUACAUACAGCCUAUAAUACAUAUGCAGCAGGAGAUGGAUGGAGCGCCCUGCUCUAUUCCAGGCGGUCGCAACCAUGGCCAUCAGGUAUCUCAAUGCAUGGGCGGCAUCUGCCUGCCGCCGAUGUCAUCCCACGCACUAAAACGCGGUAAAAGAGGAUGCCUGCUCGUUCUAGCAGCGAAGAAGAUAAUAGGAAAGGUGAAGGAAGCGAGAGAGAGAAAAAGGACUCUUGAAGGCUCUAGAGCGGCGGGGUUCUCCGGAGCAAGUAGCGGUAGAAGCGAUGGCGGAGCCGGCAUAGGCGGUGGUGGAGUGAUUGGAGGAUUGGCAGGUAGUGCUAGCGGACUAGGCAGUGAUGGCCCAGGGGGAGCAUCUGGAUCUUCUCCAGGAAGCUUUGUAGGAGCUGGCGGACUAGGGAAUGGCGGCUCAGGAGGAGCGUUUAGACCUUCGCCAGGAAGCUUUGGAGGAGCUGGCGGACUAGGGAAUAGCAGCUCAGGAGGGGCAUCUGGAUCUUCGCCAGGAAGCUUUGGAGGAGCUGGCGGCCUAGGCAAUCGCGGCUCAGGUGGAGUGUUUGGACCUUCGCCAGGAAGCUUUGGAGGAGCUGGCGGACUAGGGAAUGGCGGCUCAGGAGGAGCAUCUGGAUCUUCGCCAGGAAGCUUUGGAGGAGCUGGCGGCCUAGGCAAUCGCCGCUCAGGAGGAGCGUUCGGACCUUCGCCAGGAAGCUUUGGAGGAGCUGGCGGACUAGGGCAUGGUGGCUCAGGAGGAACAUCUGCAUCUUCGCCAGGAAGCUUUGGAGGAGCUGACAUAGGCACUGCUGGAAUAUUUCCGGAAGGUUUUGCCGGAUCAUUUAAGGAAGGAGGUGCUGGGUCCUCCGCAGCAAGUGCCAGUGGUAACGGUGGUGGAGCCGGCAUGAGUGGUGCUGGAGCAGUUGGAGGAUGGGGAGGUCGUGCUGGCAGACUAGUCACUGGUCCGUCAGGUGGAGUGUCUGGAUCUUUGCCAGGAAUCUUUGCAUGAGAGGACACAGACCCUGCUGGUGCAUUUACGAGAGGCUUUCGGUUACCUGGCGGAGACUAUUCGAGCACAUUGAAGAAGUAAUCUGGUAAGAAGCCUUCGUGGAGCGAACGAGGGACCGGGCGGACUACUUUCAGAAAUUGCGGGAAGAGCUAACGUGGGACCGGCUGGAGCAUUUUCAGUAUUAGUAGGUGACAGACUUCCUAAUACAAUGCCUUCCAUUGAGCCGAGGAAUGCUCGCUGAGAGGGCGCAUGCGAUGCCGCGUUCUCACGUCUUUCGGGAGGAAACAUUAAAAAAGGAAGUAUCAAAAACGACAGAAGACAUGCUUGUUUGUGUGGACAUAUUGGGGCGUUGAGCGGCAGUGCUUUCGGCAUAGCUUCUAACCGAAAAUACAGCACAGCGUAGACGAUUUUCGCGUCCUUAGAGGCAAAAAUGGCGAGAAACAUAUAUGUAACUGGAUAGCUU